UCAAACUACUUCAGGUCCAUUUUAACCCUGAAUCUUUUCACAAUUUACUAUACACAUGUUCUGUCGCCUCGUAAUUAAACGACAAAGCGAGGCCUAUUGUGCCACAAUGAACGUUGAAACGAAACGAAAACAAAAAGGACUUGUCUUUCUGGUUAACGGGCAGUUCUUUUUGCAAAGAGACCAAAAAGUUGCAGCGUUUACGAUAACAAUGUACAUGAAAAAGAAGCUGGCUGUUUAGUUUCUUUAGAGAGAGAAAGGAAUGGCAGGAUUGGGAAGAGCAGAGAGGGGUACAACAGAGAGCCACGCCGUGGGAGCAUCGUACUUGGUGGGGAAGUUGGCUGAUUUAUUAGAAGUCAGCAUAAGUUCUAAUAAUCAGCUUAACGACCCUACCCAAUUGUCUGCCCUUUGCAUUUCUUUGGCCAGAGUCAUUGAUUAUGCAAUUGCAUGCAAUGAGGUGCCAUCGAGAGCUAAAAACCUGCCAUCAUUGUUUAGACAGAAUGCUUGCAGGAUGGGAUGGUUCCCAGAUACAGAUACGGUUCACCUUCUUGCAUUGGCUAAAGAGAUUCUAUCCUAAAAUAAAGAUGGGCUGUGUGCUUGUAUCUCUGAAGGUCAAGCAUGGAUAUAGAGCAGUUGUGGCAGACUUUCAAGUUUUGAAUAAGACAGUGGCUUCUCCACAAGUGGAAAUUGGUCUGUUUGUUGCUCAAAUAGAUAACAUGAACACUUCCUCUUGCCUUGUGACUCCACCUCAAGCAAACCUUCUGGUAAAUGGAAAGGGAGUACAAGGAAGGGUUAAUGUCUCCUUGGAUACUGGACCACAGCUGCCAACGAAUCUUACUGCAAUACUCAACUGUGGAAUGAAUGUUUUACAAGCUGUUGGGCAGUUUGAUGGUGAUUUUAUCAUUGUUAUAGCCUAUAUGCAUGAAAUGUCAUCUUUUGACCCUCCAGUGUUACAAGAAUAUGUUCAGCCAGUUGAACAAUCUGAUUCCAGUUCUGACAUCAUGGAUAAACCAACACAGAUUUCUUUAAACUGCCCUAUAAGUAACAAACGUAUUAGAACUCCCAUCAAAGGACAUUGCUGCAAACAUCAUCAGUGUUUUGAUUUCGAGAGUUUCAUGAUACUAAAUUCAAGGAGGCCUUUGUGGUGUUGCCCCAUUUGUAACCAGUCAAUCUGCUACAUAGACAUAUGCAUCGAUAAGAACAUAGGCAAUAUCUUAAGGGAGGUAGGAGAGAGUGCUGUUGAUGUGAUAGUCUCAGCAAAUGGUUCUUGGAAGGUCGUCUUUGAAAGCAGUGAUGAUACAGAUCAAACACAUCAUGCAGUCCAAGGUUGUCAAAAAGAAAGGCCUGAACCACAUGAAUCUAGUGGGUUGUCAUCUGUUCCAGUUGAUUUUGUUGAUCUUACUAUGGAAGAGGACAAUACUAGUUAUGACAUAGAAUCUGUGGCUAUAAAUGGAGCAAAUCAAGUGCCUUCCUCUCUAUCACAUAACCAAGCCUUGAGAAACAUAAACUCCUUGAUGCCGAUGGAGCCUCUUUUGCUUCUUACCUGAAGAUGCCCCAGGUUCUCAAUGUUCCCAUGCGUGGUGCAGGUGCGUCCAGCAGCCCCUACAGAUCUCCCUUAUUACAUUACCAAUCCUUUCAGUAUUUCAACUCUCCUAACACGGGGACUGCUCAAGUUGCAUUCCCGUCUCAAACCAGGUUCCAACCUUUGCAAUGCUCCAAUUUUUCUGGUAUGAUGAGGACUACUCAAGCUGCGACCCCACUGUACAUCCAUUUUUUAGCGCCCAAGCGGCGCAGAUUGGGCAAAGAGGCAAUUUCAAUCAAGUGACAGGUACUACGAAUGACGGUCAACCUAUGCUUAGGACAGCUUCACCACCAGUCUCCCAGAGGACAAGAACACCGCCUUUUGUAGCAGUUCAACUCCAACCAUCUGGAACAAGAUCCGUACUGAAUUAUGCCACGGGUGCUCAGCAUUGUAGACCAACUUUUGCAGAGAGGAGUGCAGUUGGGACAGCACAACCAGUCUCUGUGGCUGAAACAUCUGGGACGUCAGCAUCAACUGACAACUGGCGUCCCACAGGCAGAAUGAGGGGAAGCCUCACAGGGAAGGCUUAUGCUGAUGCACUUAAGCUCAUUCAGGAGUCCAACUACCCAAUAAGUGGUGGAGCCACAAAUUGAACUUGGGGGCAGCAUAUUAUGAUUGGAGCGGUGAAAAUUAAAAAUUUCGUGGAGGACUAAAAUCAAAAGGAUGAAUAAAGCAGAGGCACCUAGAAAAAUUUGGAGGUUAAAGGGGCAAUGGCAAACAAAUGCAAGUGUAUUUUAUCAGCCUGGGAACUUAAAACAUUCAAGCCAAAUGGUCUCAGAGGAUAGAGGAUAAUAUAAACUGUCAUUUGGGUUGGGGGCUCCUCUUUGUAUGUAAAAUAACUGUUUUGAAUACUUUUGUUCAUAUUAAAAUAACUGUUUUAAAUA